AUGUCUUCUUCUGAAAAUAACACAUUGAUUCGUCGAAAUUCGAGAACUGGAAGUAUGCGCAAAAUAAUUCAUGUAAGUUAUUGGUAUUUUUUUGGUAAUUGAUGAUAGAAUGAUGGGUGGUCUAAACUGUUUUUACUUUUAUUAAUUGUGUGGAGUUUUUAUACAAAUUUGGUUUUCAGAAAUCAAGUCACUAAAACAUCAAAAUUCAUGAGUAGAUUCUAGAAGUAAUCUAAAAUUGUCAGUCCAUAAAAUAUUGUGACCGAACAAAUGCUGUUCCUAAUGUGAACCUUAAAAAUGUGAAUUCAGUCUUCGGCAGUCAAAAUUUUGAUAUUUUCACCGGGGCUUGUGAAAAAAUCUUUGACCCAAAACAGGCCUGAUCGGAAUGGACCCUGUCGGAAGGUUCGGAAUGAGCACACUCGUUCCGAGUGGUCAGAUCGUAAUUCCGAAUUCCGAACCUCCAUUCCGACAUUUUCCCCUCGGAAUUUCGGAAUUUUUCGGAAUGGUUCGGAAUGAUAUAAAACUUUAAAAAUGUGUCUUCAAAAUUUACAUUUUUCGAGAAUCACAAGAGAAAAAGAGAUUUUUUGAAAAUGACAGGUAAAAUUCAUCAAUUUUUCCAUUUUUUGUUGAAUUUUUCACUAAUUUCAGCUCAAACAUUCCGAAAAAUUCCGAAAUUCGGUGGAAAAAUUCCGAAAUUCGGAAGAGGAACACAUUCCGAAAUUCCAAAAAAGUUUCGGAAGUAACAUCGGAAUGAUUCCGAUUCCGAGAAAAUAGAUUCCGAUUCCGAGACACGUUUGUCUCAUUCCGAAAAACCUGUCGGUUUCGGAAUUUCGGAAUUCCGACAUUCCGAUUCCGAUCAGGCCUGACCCAAAACCCUUUGCCAUCAAAAAACUUUCUUGUUAACAUGUUUCUUGUUUUCAGAGUAGUAUACGAAAAACAAGGAAAAUAUUUGGAGUCCAAAGUAUUCCUGAAGACACAGAAACGCAAGUUCAAUCACCUUCUGAUCAGCCAUCAUCAAGUACAGUUGAAGAAAUCACAGAAAGUCUUGAAGUUUUGAGUUUUGAAAGAAAUUCGUGCAUAAGAUUGGUGAGUUUUUUCCUUCUAUUAUUCUUCGUGAAUUUUCUCACAAUUAAAUAAAAAACAUGACAAAUUAUUUUCACUUCGAUAAUUUUUCUCAACAAAAAAAGAGUUUCUGGUGAUUAGAGAAAUAGAGAAAAGUGCAUUUCUGAAAUUGGCCAAAAUUAUUAAUCAGAACGAACAAGAAAAAUAUUAUUGCCAACUUAUUAUUAUUCCAAAAAAUGUCUGAUGUUCAGAGUCGUAUAUCAACUAAAACAAAUGUGUCAGUUCGAUCAAAUGUGACUGAUAAAAUAUUCACGAGUUUGAAAACAAAAUCUGCGCCGCAAUGUAUAUUGGUCAAAUAUUUUCCGAAGGAAGGAAGAACACAUGAUCAUAACUCAACACUGAAUAGUUUUGAAAGAAAAAGAAGGUGAGAAUUAUUAUAGUUUUUAUUUUUGGCCUCCUGGUUAACCACUUUCGGUAUUCACCAGCAAAAUUUUACAGAUCUCACCAAGUAUUUGGAUUUGGCCAUCAUGCAAAAGAACAAUUAUUCUGUCCACUUCAAGCGUCACAAAUUGAACUAGCGUUCAGAUUAUCAACGAAAAAGGAUGUUAUUAUCAAAGUUCAGGCUCCAAGUGGAGAAACAAGCAGUUAUAUCAAUCCGAAAACUCAUGAAUAUACAAGCUUCACACCUUCCAAUGUGAGUUUUUUAAAAUUACUUUGUAAAUUGGAAAAUUUCGAAAAUUUCAAGAAUUCUGUUCAAAAAUCAAAUUUUUGAACAUUGUGUUCUGGCCAGCUUUAUAUUCAUGAUUAAAAAAACAUAUAAAACGAAUUACGAAAAAUCUAAUUUUGAAAUUAUCAUGAACCGAAAAAUUUUAUAAAUAACUGAAAAAAAUUUGAAAACUAUAAACAUUGAAAACUAUAAACACAUAUGUUCUCUAAUCCAAAUGCCAGAUGCUUGUUUAAAUCAAAAUUUUUUUUGAAAAUUGUUUGUUUAGUUUUGGGAUCCAAGAUUUGUUUUUUCUGGUCAAAUUGUUAAAGAUAAGAAUUCAGAAACUUUUAUUUUGAGCCAGGGAAUUGAAUUUUUUCCAAAGAAAAUUCAUAAUCUGUCAAUUUUUCAGACUGUAAAUUCAAGUGUAAAUUUGAAACAUUUCAAUUGAUGAAGAAAUUUCAUGUUCUGUGGUUCAGAACUUACCAAAUAUUCACUCUCGAUAUUAUAAAUUCAAAAAAAAAUUAUUUAAAAAAAUACCAAAUAUUUCUGUUUGAUACCCUUCCAAAAUGUCUAUCAAAUCGGUGAAAGAUCAAAUUGAAUCAUAUCACUAAUUGGAUCUAAUUUCAGAUUGGUUGUGGUCAUGGAUUAUGGUCAAUUCAUGUUGCGAUUCGUCGAGGUUGUCGAUUUCAACACGAAUUCACUAAAUCCAUCAAUCUUGUUGGACAAGGUGUACUUUUCUUCGAAUUAGACAAUCAUUUACAAUUAAGAGAAGUCGAAAGAUUGUGGCUGGAUUGUUUGAAUUAG